GUAACAAAAAUAAACGUCACAGUCACAAAUGGUGCAGUGAGUUUCUUGCUGAAUCAUUUGUUCAAGAAAUGGCAACUUUAGAAGAUAAAUCAAUUUGGGAAGAUGGCGAGGAUUCGCUGGGAGAGGAGGUUCUCCGAAUGUCAACAGAUGAAAUUGUUAGCCGAACCAGACUCCUUGACAAUGAAAUAAAGAUAAUGAAAUCUGAAAUCAUGCGGAUAUCGCAUGAACUCCAGGCCCAGAAGGAGAAGAUUAAGGAGAACAACGAGAAGAUCAAAGUGAACAAAACUCUGCCGUAUCUUGUGUCCAAUGUCAUUGAGCUGCUGGACAUGGACCCUCAAGACCAAGGUGAAGAGGAUGGGGCCAAUGUAGACCUGGACUCUCAGAGGAAGGGAAAGUGUGCAGUCAUCAAAACAUCAACCAGACAGACCUACUUUCUGCCUGUUAUUGGUCUGGUUGAUGCGGAGAAGCUGAAACCAGCUGAUCUUGUUGGUGUUAACAAGGAUUCCUACCUGAUUCUGGAGACACUGCCACAGGAGUAUGACUCGCGAGUGAAGGCUAUGGAGGUAGAUGAACGCCCCACAGAACAGUACAGCGACAUUGGAGGUCUGGAUAAGCAGAUUCAGGAGCUAAUUGAGGCUGUGGUCUUGCCUAUGACACAUCGGGAGAGAUUUGAAGCUCUAGGAAUACAGCCACCAAAAGGUGUGUUGUUGUACGGAGCCCCAGGAACCGGCAAGACUCUCCUGGCACGAGCGUGUGCUGCGCAGACCAAGUCGACAUUUCUCAAACUGGCCGGUCCACAGCUUGUACAGAUGUUUAUUGGAGAUGGGGCCAAACUUGUACGAGAUGCUUUUGCCUUGGCCAAGGAAAAAGCCCCAGCCAUUAUAUUCAUUGAUGAGUUAGAUGCCAUUGGCACCAAGCGAUUUGACAGCGAGAAGGCGGGAGACCGGGAGGUGCAGAGAACCAUGUUGGAACUUCUCAACCAGAUGGACGGAUUCCAGCCCAACAUGCAAGUGAAGGUAAUUGCUGCCACAAACCGGGUGGACAUCUUGGAUCCAGCACUGCUGCGGUCAGGUCGACUCGACAGAAAGAUUGAGUUUCCACAUCCCAACGAGGAGGCGCGAGCUCGCAUCCUCCAGAUCCACUCCAGAAAGAUGAAUGUCAGCAAAGAUGUGAACUAUGAAGAGCUCUCCAGGUGUACCGACGAUUUCAACGGAGCUCAGCUGAAGGCUGUGUGUGUUGAAGCCGGAAUGAUUGCCUUAAGACGUGAAGCUUUGGAACUUAGUCAUGAGGAUUACAUGGAUGCCAUCAUUGAAGUUCAAGCAAAGAAGAAAACUAACCUCCAGUACUACGCUUAAAUUAUUAAGAGGACAUUUAGACAGCCAUUUCAAAGACUCAUCUGUUCAAAAUUGAUGGAUCUCUGCUUACAUAUUUGCAGUUGUCAAUACUGUGUUAAUUGUUGGUUAUGGUUCAGUUACUUCAAAUUUCCAUUGGUUGAAAUAUAUUAUAGAUUGUAAUCAUAUCAAUUGUUGUGGAGAACAAAAGUUGUCAAGAUAUCUUCUAGAACCUUGUAAUGUGUGCUAUAAGCUUGUUUUCUAGGACAUUUCAAGGCUUCUUAUAUUAUUUCCCAAAAAAAGACUUUAUGGCUUGCUUUGGUAUUUCAUUACAAGAUCAUCUUUGCUUAUAAAGUAUUGAAAAUAAACAACCUCACAGCUAUUCAUAGUUUGUGGGGGGAAGACAUCAUUUGAUGGACCUCAGUGUCCAAUAUUAAUUAAAAUUUGUAGUAAUAAAGCAAGUUGUCACUA